UUGUGGCGGUGGGGCUGGCCGCUGCAGCUCGUGGCCAUGGAGUGGGGUACGGAGUCGGCGGCCGUGAGGCGGCACCGCGGCGGAUGGGAACGCCGUGAAGGCCAGGCAACGGCGCCGCAGCCGGGGAGGGAAGACCCGGCGCAAGAGCUCCUGGUGGACGAGAGCGGCGGCGGCGCUAGGAUGCGGAAGCGGAGCCCGGGGCGCGGCGGCGGCGGCGGCGGCGGCGAGAGCCGUAGCGCGGGGAACAGGCUGGCGGAGGCGCGUGUCGCGCUGGGGCUGGUGCUCUACCUGCUUGCGCUGCGGACGCUCGUGCAGCUCUCACUGCAGCAGCUCGUGCUGCACGGGGCCGCUGGGAGCCAUGCGGAGUUCGACGCGCGCCAAGCCAGGGAUUAUCUUGAGCACAUAACAUCCAUUGGUCCCAGGACUACAGGAAGUCCAGAAAAUGAAAUUCUGACAGUGCAAUAUCUUUUGGAACAGAUAAAAUUGAUUGAAGUCCAAAGCAACCACAUUCACAAGAUUUCAGUAGAUUUACAACGGCCCACAGGCUCCUUUAGCAUUGACUUCUUGGGAGGUUUUACAAGCUACUAUGACAACAUCACUAAUAUUGUGGUAAAGCUGGAACCCAGAGAUGGAGCCCAGCAUGCCAUCCUGGCUAACUGUCAUUUUGACUCAGUGGCAAACUCACCAGGUGCCAGUGAUGAUGCAGUUAGCUGUUCAGUGAUGCUGGAAGUUCUUCACGUCUUGUCAACAUCUUCAGAAGCCUUACAUCAUGCUGUCAUAUUUCUUUUUAAUGGUGCUGAAGAAAAUGUUUUGCAAGCCAGCCAUGGUUUCAUUACUCAGCACCCCUGGGCCGCCUUGAUUCGUGCAUUUAUUAACCUGGAGGCAGCAGGGGUAGGAGGGAAAGAGCUUGUGUUCCAAACAGGUCCUGAAAAUCCUUGGUUGGUCCAAGCUUAUGUUUCAGCAGCCAAACACCCUUUUGCUUCUGUCGUAGCUCAGGAGGUAUUUCAGAGUGGGAUCAUUCCUUCGGAUACCGACUUCCGUAUCUACAGAGAUUUUGGGAACAUUCCAGGAAUAGACUUAGCUUUUAUUGAGAAUGGAUACCUUUAUCACACCAAGUAUGACACAGCAGACCGAAUUCUAACAGAUUCCAUUCAAAGAGCAGGUGACAACAUUUUAGCAGUUCUUAAAUACCUAGCUACAUCUGAUAUGCUGGCUUCUUCCUCAAAGUAUCAGCAUGGAAAUAUGGUCUUCUUUGAUGCACUUGGCCUAUUUGUCAUUGCCUACCCCUCUCGUGUUGGCUCAAUAAUUAAUUCCGUGGUGGUAAUGUUUGUUGUUUUCUACCUGGGCAAAAAAUUAUUGCAGCCCAAACGUAAGACUACUAACUACAUGAAGGACUUCUUCUGUGGACUUGGCAUCACACUAAUAAGCUGGUUUACUAGCCUUGUUACCGUUCUCAUUAUAGCAGUUUUCAUCUCUCUAAUUGGACAGUCACUCUCAUGGUAUAACCACUUCUAUGUCUCCGUUUGUCUGUAUGGAGCUGCAUCUGUAGCCAAAAUAAUAUUUGUACACACCCUCGCAAAAAGAUUUUAUUAUGCGAAUGCCAGUGUCCAGUAUCUGGGAGAAGUAUUUUUUGACAUCUCGCUGUUUGUGCAUUGUGGUUUUCUUGUAACUCUCACUUACCGAGGACUUUGCUCAGCAUUUAUUAGUGCUAUCUGGGUAGCAUUUCCAUUGCUCACAAAGCUUUUUGUGCACAAGGACUUGAAGCAGCAUGGUGCCUGUGGAAAAUUUAUUGCUUUUUACCUUUUGGGGAUGUUUAUUCCUUAUCUUUAUGCAUUGUACCUCAUCUGGGCAGUAUUUGAGAUGUUUACCCCUAUCCUUGGGAGGAGUGGUUCAGAAAUCCCACCUGAUGUUGUGCUUGCUUCCAUCCUGGCUGGUUGUACAAUGAUUCUCUCUUCCUAUUUUAUUAACUUCAUCUACCUUGUCAAAAGCACAAAAAAAACCAUGCUAACUUUAACAUUGGUAUGCACAAUCACAUUCCUCCUUGUUUGCAGUGGAACUUUUUUCCCAUACAGCUCCAGUCCUGCUAAUCCAAAGCCAAAGAGAGUGUUUCUUCAGCAUAUGACUAGAACAUUUCAUGACUUGGAUGGAAAUGUAGUUAAACGGGAUUCUGGAAUAUGGAUCAAUGGGUUUGAUUAUACUGGAAUGUCUCAUAUCACACCUCACAUUCCUGAGAUCAAUGAAACCAUCCAAGCUCACUGUGAGGAGAUAGCACCCCUUUGUGGUUUCCCUUGGUAUCUUCCAGUGCACUUUCUGAUCAGGAAAAACUGGUAUCUUCCUGCCCCAGAAGUUUCUCCAAGACAUCCUGUGCAUUUCAGGCUUAUAUCCAAAGAACAGACACCCUGGGAUUCCAUAAAGUUGACCUUUGAAGCAACAGGGCCAAGCCAUAUGUCAUUCUAUGUCCGAACUCACAAAGGGUCAACGCUUUCCCAGUGGUCCCUUGGCAAUGGCACCCCAGUCACAAGUAGAGGAGGAGACUACUUUGUAUUUUACUCCCGUGGACUCCAGGCUUCUGCAUGGCAGUUCUGGAUAGAACUGCAGGUCUCAGAAGAACAGCCUGAAGGAAUGGUCACUGUGGCCAUAGCUGCCCACUAUCUGUCUGGGAAAGACAAGAGAUCCUCCCAGCUGGAUGCACUGAAGGAGAAGUUCCCAGAUUGGACAUUUCCCUCUGCCUGGGGCUGCCUUUGUUUUUCAACUAACUAGAAGAAAGAUUCAUUCAUGGCCUAAACUACAGGUUAUUACCUUCAAUUCUGCAGAAAUACAAAUCUCAAGUUCCAGUCUAAUCCAAGAUCAUUUGUACUGCAUCAAUCUCUGAGGUCAGUGGCAUGUUCACAUGGAAAUGAUGCACUGACCAGCACUGUGAGGUUACUGACAUGGUUGGGCACCGAAUGGUUACUAAACUCCAGAAUAAAUGAACCACAGCUAAGCCUUAACAUGAAUGGAUGGAUUCUCCAAAGGACCCCAGGACAGCAAGCCAAAAGCAACAAACACUUACCAAUCCGUAGAGGCCCAUCUGUCCACAGCAUGCAGCCCUGUCUUUAUGUUCUGUAACAUUUCUCCAUCUACCUCUGUAGACUGUAUAAUAACCAAAAUCUGGUUGAUUACUGAGGAUUCUCUAAGAAUUAGGCCUAUGACAAUGCACCAGUCCAGACAUCCUGCCUCCAUGAAGAUGUGUAGCAAAUACCUAUAUAAAACCAGAAACAAAAUGAUCUACACUAAGAAGGAUUUACAGACAAUACAGAAGGGCAGUGUCAAUCAGGAAAGCAGCUCCUGUACCCUACUUGCCCAAAUACCCUGAACAAGCAUUCUGUGCUGUCAACAAUAGCUGAGAAACUCACCGAAGCUGGACCUGGGAUUUGUGAGGCCCUUUACUCGCCAACUCCAUGGAGAUGUGUUCUAGUUCUGACUGAGUUAAACUGAGCGUGGAGAAAUUUUCAUCCACCAUUGUCCAGUCCCCAUCCACCAUGGAGCUACUUUCAGUCAAGUCUGUGGCUGAACCAAUACUGCAUUCAUCACCUGAUGAGGAAUUUCCAAAAGUUAUCAACAAGCUCCAGUAGAAAAUAUGUUUUCCUUUAGUUUUAAAUACUAGCUGUACCUGGAUGCUUUCCCUUCAGGGUUUUGAAACUAAAACAUAUCCCCUGCUAUAAAAGUCAAUGUGAUACGAACAGUAGUAGAUAUAUUUUUUAAAAUGACGGAGAUACCAGACAUUAUCUGCCUCCUCAUGGAAAAACACACUAGAAGUCAUCUUGCCCACCUACCAAUAAAUCCAACUAGAAUUUGAUCAAGUCUUCAGAAAUAGUGAGAAACCUGAUAAAUUAAACCACAGAGAUGGCAAUCAGCAAAAUCCAGACUGUGAAAGACUACACAGGACAAACAACAAAGUUUCUUCAAUGAAUAAAUUUUAAGGGGGGGAAAAGAUUUGGCAGGAGUGGGAAUGAGGACAGACAACAAUCCUUUAUAAAGACGACUGAAACCAUUGCCAGUCACAAUGUAUGAACCUUAUUUGGAUCCCGAUUCAAAGAACAGAAAAUUAUCCUGUUAAUAAAAACACUGUCAAAUUUCUGUAGGGUAAAUGGCUCUAAAAUUUUAUUUUCAAAAAGGGACUCCUCCUCCACGAGUACCUCUUUGUUGCUCAGAUGUGGCCCUCUCUCUAACUGAGCCAUCUCGACAGGUGAACUCGCUGCCCUCCCCUC